GGGCGUCGUUUGGGAGGCCUUUUCCCCUUCUCUCGCGAACUAAGGAAGCGGGGAAAGGGCCGAGGGGGUGGGGCAGGGCUUCCCCUUCCCCCUGGAGCCGUUUUCCCCGGGACUUGGGCUUGUUUGGCAGCCCUGGGAGGCCCACUUUGGCCGUGCGCCUUGGCCGUGCGCCCUGCUCGCUUUUACGCACUGGCGACUUUUACGCACGGCGCGCCCUGCUCCUCCUUCUCUCCAUGGCCACCGCUUCCAAGGCGGCUGUCUCUUUCUUUAAGCGCUCGCUGGCCCUGUCCCCGCCCCGAGGAGGAGGAAGGGGGUCCGGGCGUUGCAGCCACGGGGCGCCGGGGUCUUCCUUGGGCUCUGGGGGCAGCCUCGUGCGCCUCCAAGCCGCCUCCCCUUCUCGGCCGCGCUUCCUGAGCGAGGCGCCUCCAGCCGCCAAGCCCUCUCCUCCUUCUCCUUCUCCUCCUGGGCUCUUCUUCUUGCAGGACUCGCUCAGCCACAGCCUCCGCCUCUGCUACAAGUAUCUCAACCAGACCAGCCGCAGCUUCGCCGCCGUCAUCCAGGCCCUGGAUGGAGAGCUGCGCCAUGCCGUUUGCAUCUUCUAUUUGGUCCUCCGGGCUUUAGACACAGUGGAGGAUGACAUGACGAUCAACUUGGAAACCAAGGUCCCCAUGUUGCACAAUUUCCACUCCUACCUUUAUCAGCCGGAUUGGCGGUUCAUGGAGAGCAACGAGAAGGACAAGCAAGUGUUGGAGGAUUUCCCAACGAUCUCCUUGGAGUUCCGGAACCUGGCCAAGGUCUAUCGGGAUGUGAUCGCCGACAUUUGCCACAAGAUGGGCCUCGGGAUGGCCGAAUUCUUGGAGAAGAAGGUGGAAUCCGAGAAAGAAUGGGACAAGUACUGUCACUAUGUCGCCGGCCUGGUGGGGAUCGGUCUCUCACAGCUCUUCUCUGCAUCCAAGCUGGAGGACCCUAUUGUUGGCCAGGACAUGGAGCUCGCAAACUCCAUGGGGCUUUUCCUGCAGAAAACCAACAUCAUCCGGGAUUACUAUGAAGACCAACUCGUGGGCAGAGAGUUUUGGCCUCGGGAGGUGUGGAGCAAGUACGCAAAGAAGGUGUCAGAUCUGGCCAAGCCCGAGAACAUCGAUAAAGCCGUCCAGUGCAUGAAUGAGCUCAUCACCAACGCCUUGCAUCACGUCCCCGACGUCUUGACAUACUUGUCCCGACUGAAGAACCAGAGCGUUUUCAACUUCUGUGCCAUCCCCCAGGUAAUGGCCAUUGCCACCUUGGCAGCCUGUUACAACAACCAGCAGGUCUUCCGAGGGGUGGUGAAGAUCCGGAAGGGGCAAGCCGUCACAUUGAUGAUGGAUGCCACCAACAUCCAGGCUGUCAAAGCCAUCAUGUACCAGUAUGUGGAAGAGAUCUACCAGAAGAUCCCCAGCACAGACCCUUCCUCCAGCAGAACCCAGCAAAUCGUCGCCUCGGUCCGCUCGAUGAGUUUGCCCGGGGGGGAGCUGGUCUCUCGGACCCAUUACUCCCCCAUCUACUUGUCCUGCGUCAUGCUUCUGGUGGCCCUGAGCUGGCAGUAUCUGAGCACGGUGUCCCAGGCGGCGGAGGAAUUCGUUCACACGGGAGAGAACUGAGACCGACACGGUUUUGCUUUUUGAAGGGAGAGACAUUUCAGACUUAGGAGGACUUGACGGAAGUCCCGGGACUUGAAACCUUGAAUUUGUGCAAACCUGUUUGGACUGGAAGCUUUCACCUCUAGAAGCAGCUGCUAACAAACCAAGGUUCCUGAAUGGAGACGACCCCCUCACCCUCCCUUUUCCUGUUGUUGGACGGACUGGUUAUGGACUUGUCUCUUUCUGAGUCUUAAUGUUUUGUUUUCUGCAGACUGUUUGAUCUGCGGUUUUUGUUUCCUUUUUUUUUUCUGAUGUAGGAUAUUUUUUAACUAGGAAGUUGGAAGGUGCCUCUUCMUUGCUUGUUAAUUUUGACAGUAAAAAAACAAAAUUGCUGUGA